AGAGAGAGAGAGAGAGGGGGGACACAGAGAAGAGGACAACAGAGACACCGGGAGAAGAAAGAGAGCGAUGUCUGCUGAAAAGGCACCUCUUUCUCAGUCACUUGCCGGCCCUCACUAAGACACCAUGGGCUGUAUUGGCUCCCGCACUAUCACGGCAGAUGCAGUUCCUGUCAAGAAAGACGGAGAUCAGACAUCCAGCACUGUGGACGAUCCUCACACGGCUCCCACAGACUAUUUGCCCCUCUACCAUCCAGCAGAAGGUUUCCCAGUACACACUGAAGGACUGUCAGACUGGCAUGGACGGGCAGAGUUUUCAUGGGAAGGAAUCAAUCUGUCUAUGGAGGAUACCACCUCCAUCUUGCCUCGUCUCAAAAGGAACUCCAACGCCUAUGGGAUUGGAGCUCUGGCUAAGUCCUCUCUGACAGGUGUGUCAGGUGUGACCAGGUCCAUGAAAGACAAGGUAACUAAACCUACAGCUAUGGCUCAAGGCCGUGUAGCCCACAUGAUUGAGUGGCAGAGUUGGGGCAAACCAUCUGCUGGGCCAAUAGGGGGAGCAGGUCGUUCCAACCUGCACCGCGAGAGGGAAAGAAGACUCGAGAAUGACGCCUACAGCGACCUGAGCGAUGGGGAGAAGGAAGCACGAAUGGCUGCUGGAGUGAUGCAGCAGUUUGCGAUCUCUGAGGCCACAUUGCUGGCAUGGAAUUCUAUGGAUGGGGAAAGUUUCUGUGUUGACUCCAACCAGGGCAGUGUAGCACACCUCAGUGAAGUUAAUCAGGAGAGCAUUACCAGCAGAGAUCAGCCUUUGCAUCAUUCGUCUGCAGAAGUGUGGCCUCACACCUACGUGUCCCAGGGUCUGUACUGCCUUUCAUCCUCUGAUGCCUGGGAGCCAAUCAGCAAUGAGCUGUCAGGCAUGGCUUCUCCUGCUGCUGGCUCCUACUUAGCCAGUGGGGCUUCAGGAGAAGGUUAUGAUUGUUCCACUCACUAUCUGUCCCAGCAGCACCUUACACUUCAGCAGCAGAGCCACUUACAGCAGCUUCAGAUGCAGCAGUACCAGCAGCAGCAACUCAUGCAGUACCAGCAACAGUCACUGGAACAUCGGCUACACAGCACCUCCCAUUCUUUGCAGGCGACACCCAAUAGCACCAUUCAUAGCUUGGGUCCACCGACUCAUCCACGAUUGGCUGAUUUAUGGGCAGCAGCACAAGUGGAGCCACAUCAGAUGGAAAUAAUGGGACACAUGAGCAUAACUUUGGCCGAAAUGGACACGCCGGAAUCAUACGGCGAGGAAUUAGUUACAGAAAAUGAGUGCAUCCCUGAGCAGCAAGAAGAAGAGGACGCGAAGGAGGAUGACAUCACAUUAACGCUGGAACCUGAGUCCACGCCCAUGAUGCCGGUUAUGACCACACAGCCUCAUAGAGAGGGUCCGAUGCCUGGCGGCGUGAGUCCAUCAAUGUCACACGCAGAGCCAAUGCCUGAGCACAUGGCCUUCGAGGUCACAUCCUGUAUCAUCCAGUCCCUAGAAGAGAAAGAAGAGGAGGUGGAGGAAGGGGCUGUGGUUGUUGUGGCAACCAAUUAAUUUUCAUUUUUUUUCCCCCAAGAGGAUAACUGAAAGAAACUUUUCAAAAAUGGAACUGUCUUUACUGAAAUAAUUAACUAAUUAUGCUAAUGUAUAACCAACCACACCCAAGGUGUAUGUUGUCAUUUUUUGUCUGUCAGACAGUGGAGGACUCCGAACAGUGAGAUGCACUGACUUAUAUGUUCAUCAAGAGUGAUAAAGGAAAAAUUGCAUUCUUUAAAUGCAGGGACACACUAACAGAGAUGGUAAGAGUGGAGAUGUAGAGAUGAUUCCAUGUUAUUUGUUCACCAGUGGAGGAGAAACUCAAGAAAACAGUGCAAUACUAACAUACCAAGACAACCAAAAGAAAGUGCAUGCAUUCUGAAUAUUUAAGUGACUGAAUUACAAGUAUACAUAUAGUAAUAACUGAAAUUGAUUUUUGUAAUAAAAUGAAAAGCCAACAAAAUAUUAUCUAUUUCUAUGUACAUAUAAUAUGUAUGUUUCUAUGUAUGUAUGUAUGUGUGUAUGUGUGUGUGUGUGUGUAUGUUGGUAUGACUGUAUGACUGCAUGUACGUAUGUAUAAAGCUAUAUUCUCAAAAACCAUUAUCACCAUUUGGCAAUAACGUUGUGUGACGCGUCUCAUAUGUAUUUAAAUUACAGCAGACUCACACACACUCACACACUCUUCAUAUACACAAGCACAAUACUGCCCAGUGCUGUACUGUUCAUCACAAAUACAUAUAAGACUUAUGCACUAUCAUAAAUAUAAAAGAAUGUAUGGUAUGGUUUUGGUUGGUGACUACAUUUUUGUCCCAUCAAGUUUUUGUUCAUUUUUUUAUUUGUUUGUUUGUUUGUUUGUUUGUUUGUUUAUUUAUUUAAAAUAGGCCGAAUAUUAAUAAUCACAAUUAUUUAACUAGACAAUUAAAACCUGAAGACCAGCUUCAGCUUCAAUCACUCACCAGUCUCAAUAUAAAACCUGCAGAACAAGUGAUUCAUUAGACCUGAAUGGUGUAACGGAAGACUGAACGCAAUCAUGUGUGGAAACAUAACCAAAAGCUGCUUAUAACCAACAGAGAAACACCAUCUUAGAUGUGAAGCAGCUAAAAUAAGCACAAUGUUGCAGCAAAGUCAGUUUACCAAUUAACUCAUAAAGAAAAUUAAAUACUGAUAAAUUCUGUUAACUACAUUGUGCAUUAUUUUAUUGUCAUAUUGACCGACCGUAUGACUGUGGACAUAAUGGAAGAAACUAAAGGAAAGAAGGUGCUAUUAAUGAACUGAUUGUAGGCUUUGAUCUAAUUAUUAGAAGAGUUUGCUGUUUACUCUGUGGACGUGAAUGAGAGAAGAUCACUAGAAAAUAAGUGUGGAGAAUGGAUUCAUAAAAUAAUCUUUCACUGAUGCAGGGGUAAUCCUGUUAAAGUAGAAUUCUGUGACGAAGCGGUGUUUAUUUUCUGGUGAUAAAUUCCAUUAUGCAACUUAAACAAUGUUUAUUCAUUAAUUAAUUUAUUUAAAAUGACUACUUCAUUAUACAAAAUAGAAAUGAGUAGAAGGUGGAUAAAAGGCUUUAUGAGGAUGGUAUUAUUGUGUAGAGAAGGGAAAGGUAUCAUAUAUGCAUUUUUAUUAACUUUUACCUUUUAUUACAUGGGAAAAAGUCAACAUUAGUGACAA